AUGGUACCUUUAAAAAAUAAAACUAAAAGAUACGAUCUUUUCGGAAGAAUUAAAACUAAUAUAUGUAUUGACAGACUAUCUAUAUCCGUAUUUUUCUCUAUUAUGUAUUUAAAUUUACAAAGUGGUAGAACCGAUAACGUAUUAUCAACUUGCGUCAUAUAUAUUUACAUGUUCAUAGCAUACUUUUCCUUUACUACCAAUCCAUCCGAACCCGAAUUUGUGUUCCAGUUAAACAAUAAUAAUCAAAUCAAUAAGGUCAGAAGUAUUUUAAAAGGUGAGGGCGGACCCAACGUUCAUGUGAAGGGAAGAUUCAAAGCUGGAAGAAAAGACUAUAAUCCAAACUACUCUUUCUACUUCCUUUUAAAAGAAAUAGAACAACAGCCUAAAAGAAGAAGAAUUUCAAAAUAA